UUUCUCUAUUUUUUUUAACUCUAGGACUUAAUAGUUUUUUUCCAAUAAGAUUUCAGGUCCUAUUGUAUUGAUUUAUAUUUACCUGCGAAAAAAUAUCAACAGUUUAAAAUUAACGUACUAUUUUUUCAACUUUAUACAGGUGCUGUAAAGUUGCAUGCUUUUAAAGGUCUUUAUCUAGAACUUAUUUCCGAAUAAUUUAUUAACAUGCAGCAUGUGACUGUUAUCGAUGAAUAUCAACAUCGAAAUGUUGAAAGUUAUGACCAGUCACAAGACUCUUAUAUACAUAAUGCACUUAAUUAUAAGAACCCACACAGUAUGAUCACAGGCACCUGACGAUUUGGAACUAAUCCUGUGAUAUUUUGUGUCAGUCUCCAAUCUGUAGUGAUUCCUUAAUUUUCACAGACGAUGGAUCGAUCCAACAACAUAUAGUACACUGGUCAAAAGAAAGUUUUGACUGAGAAACUUGGAGACAGAUCAAAAUGACAUCUAAGACAAAAGCCAUCAGUUCAGAGAACAAUGAAGAAAGCGAUGCUGCAGAAACUGCACCGCUCCUGGGUAACUUGAACCAUGAAUGUCAAGCGGAGGACAAGGAGACCAUCCAGAGAAGAGGAAGAAGACUGUUUCUGAGGCGCUGCUUUGUGCUGGCCUCAGGAUUAUUCCUCAUUAUAGUAGCUUUCACCAUUUUACAACUAGGUGUCCUUCAUCAAUACGUCUACUAUUUCUACUACAAGAAGUACCUACCCAACAUCACGUACACCUCUCAAGAUACCCAGAAAUCCUACUGCAAUAGCAGUGCAAAUGCUACGUCAGAAGCAGAGGAGAAUUUACAAAAUAAAAUCCAGGUUCUAGCUUCGCAGUUUAUGGUCUACACUUCCUUGGCCUUGUAUAUUCCUCCAAUUUUUGGCAGCUUUUUCCUGUCCACUCUUAGUGACACAUAUGGGAGGAAACCUUUCAUCCUUAUUCCCAUCGCCGGAUUCAUAAUUCGAAGUACGUUGUUUGUAAUCGGGAUAUACUUUGAGCUGGACUUGGCCUGGUUUAUCCUCUUCUUGCUCCUCGAGGGCUCGACAGGUGGACUGUAUUCUCAGAUCACCGUGUUGUUUUCAUAUGUAGCGGACAUUACUGAAAAAGGGGACCAAAGAAUUCUUCUUUUAGUGAUCAUUGAAGUCAUUGCUGGGCUAGGGGGCCUUCUGGGUUCCUUGUCCUCAGGAUAUCUCAUCAGGGAAUUCGGAUUCCUCUUACCGACUUUCAUAUCCACAAUGUGCAUAUUUGCGGCGCUUUUAUUAUUGGGAAUUUUCCUGCCAGAGUCUCUACCUUCUGAAUGCAAAUCUAGAUCCAAUAGAUUGAACUUCUGCAGCAAAUUCAAAGGGGUCUGGGAAUUUUACACCAGCAAUAAAAACGGAAAAGGAACUCGAUGGAGAUAUGUAUGUUCCUUGCUGAUUUUCUUAUGUGUUCAGUUUGGUGUGCUCGGACGAGUUACUGUAGAAACGCUCUAUGAGCUCAACAAACCGUUUUGUUGGAACUCAGUUCUCCUUGGAUGGUUUAUGGGACUGCGCAUCAUAUCGUCUUACGUAAUUGGUCUGGUGCUCAUACGAGUUCUGCAGUGUUGCGUCUCGGUGGAAUUCAUUGCAUUGAUAGGAGCUACAUCUCACAUGGGGGCCUUUAUUCUAGAGGCCUUUGCUGAAGAAAGUUAUGAGCUAUUUCUUGUUCCCAUAGUAAGCUUUGGAUCAGCAAUGGUUGCACCAAUCAUGAGAGGCAUCAUGUCUAGAAUGACACCACCAGAUAAACAAGGGACCCUGUUUGCUGGGAUGGGCAUGAUAGAUUCCUUCAUCACCAUCGUGGGGACCACCGUCAGUAGCGCAGUGUAUAGUGCCACGGUGACCUACUUCAGGGGCUUUGUGUUCCUGAUGUUUGCUGGGAUCAGCUGUGUGGCGGUCAUUUUAAUAAUAGUGCUAUGGGUGGCAGGGAUGGUGGGCGGGGCCUCAGCAAUGCGGUACCAGGAGGAGGAAAUCAUCGUCACACCCCAGGAGAUUGACAAAGACUGAAUUAAUUAAACAGUGACCAUGCAUGUUCAGGAGACCAUGGAUGGACCUCUGGGGUAGUGUACAUCACAAACAACAAUUUGACGUAUAGGCCUGUCUAUAUUGUUAUCGUCCAUUCUGUUUAUAUGGCUUAUAGAAAUAAAGCGACUUAUGUUGUCAGACUCUCAGUUCUGUCUACAUAAUCAGUGCAACUCUAUUUCAGUGGAGACCAGGAUCAAUUGUUUUGAUUCUACGAUGAAAUAAAUAUUUACAGCAUUUUCUUGUGAUAGUGACUCUAAAGUGUCCAUGCAUUUAGAAUGUGCAUGCUUGCAGGGUGAUAAAUUGUGAUUUUAAUCGUUGCCUUAUUGAAAUUGUUUGACUUGUUGUAUUAAUUUAUAUUCUGUUUAUUGGCGCCUUGAUUUGAUUUAAGAAAUAGAUUUGUUAUAGAAGCAAUAAACAAUACAUGUAAUAACAAACAUUGCCAAGAUGUAUGUUUGAUCUGCAGUUUUUUUAUGUAUUGAGCUGUAUUUACAUGCUCUUUUUAUAAUCAGCAUAAUAUGCUUAAUGCUUAUGCUUAAUCCACAUGUACAUUAUAUAAUUAAAUUAUUUAUGUGUUCAGUUUAUAAUCAUAUAUGAAUUUGAAGAUUCUAUGAUUUAAGAAUAUUAAAAAAUCACCUAAAAACUAUAUAAGCAGAAAAAUUACACAUACGUUCAGUAUGUAUCAAUGUAUGCUGUAUUUGUUAAUAUGUGCAAUUACACGUACCAGUAAUUCGAGUGAAAAUUUUUCAAAGGAGGGAAAUUGACUUUUUUUUGUUAGCUGUCUUUUUAUUCUAAGUUUUAAAACGAUUAUGGUACUUAGGACAUAAUGAGUUUUAAGACCUUACAAUGUACAUUAGAACAUGUUAUAUAUUAUUAUACUAUAAAAUAUGCUCAAAUCAAACUUAUUAAGAUAGAGAUCUGUACUGAAUAAAAGACAUUUAGAAAUGUUUUGCAUAUUUUUAUGAAUAAUAGUCUAUUCAAAUGAUUUGAACUUAAAGCAAUAUGAGUUGUAUUUUUUUGAAUUUUAUUUUGCUUCAAAAACCUGUCUGUAUGUAACUCAAACUUUUAUGAAAAAUAAGAUUUGAAAAAAAAAUCAUAAAUUUUUGUCAGAAGAAAGAUUUCUCUUCUAAAAUAGCAGUUCAAUUUUUUUGUACAAGACAACAAAAAUUCAAUUUUGCUUCUUAACUGCUUUUUACACAAUAAUAAGGCCAACAAAAUUUAACCAUAAUAUUUUUUGCCAUUUUAGUAGAAAAUAUUUUUGUGAAAAAAAAAUUCAGCUUAAAAAUUGCAGCUCUUAUUGCUUUAACAAAAUGUAACCAAUGAAAAUGGUAUGUUAUUUGUGUUCUUUUGGCAUUGCAUGUUUUUUAGCUCACCGAGACGAAGUCGGGGGGAGCUUAUGCUAUACCCUCGGCGUCGGCGUCGGCGUCAGCGUCGGCGUCCGGACCUGGUUAAAGUUUUUGUUGCAGGUCCUGUAUCUAACUUAUUACUUGUCCUAUCUUCACCAAACUUGCAUGAAUGAUGCAUCUGGACCUACUAAUGGACUUGAGAGACUUGGAUGCUGAAUCUGGGCCAUGAAUUUCAGAUGCUGGAGGAGGUUAAGGUGUUUGGAGCAGGUUAAAGUUUUUGUUGCAGGUGCCCUUUGAUAGCCAUUUCUAAGUUACUACUGGUCCAAACUUCACCAAACUUGCAUAGAUGGUGUGUCUUAUGAUACUGAUGCACCUGACAGGCUUGAAUGCUGAAUCUGAGCCAUAGGUUUCGGAUGCUGGAUGAGGUUAAGGUUUUUAGAGCUGGUUAAAGUUUUUGGAGCAGGUGCCCUCUGAUGAUUAUAUCUUACUUACUACUGGUCCUUACUUCACCAAACUUGCAUGGAUGGUGUGUCUUAUGAUACUUUUGCACCUGACAGGCUUGAAUGCUGAAUCUGAGCCGAAGGUUUCGGAUGCUAGAUGAAGUUAGGUUUUUCGAGCAGGUUAAAGUUUUUGUUGCAGGUGCCCUUUGAUAGCCAUUUCUAAGUUACUACUGGUCCCAACUUCACCAAACUUGCAUAGAUGGUGCGUCUUAUGAUACUGAUGCACCUGACAGGCUUGAGUGCUGAAUCUGAGCCAUAGGUUUCGGAUGCUGGAUGAGGUUAAGGUUUUAAGAGCUGGUUAAAGUUUUUAGAGCAGGUGCCCUCUGAUGAUCAUAUCUUAGUUAUUACUGGUCCUAACUUUACCAAACUUACAUGGAUGGUGUGUCUUAUGAUACUGAUGCACCUGACAGGCUUGAAUGCUGAAUCUGAGCCAUAGGUUUCGGAUGCUGGAUGAGGUUUAGUUUUUUUUGGAACAGGUCACAUGUUUAAUAUAUGUAGGUAAUAGCACUAUUUCAAACUUGCAUAUAUGAUCUAACUAUAAUAUAAAUGAAUGGCAGAGGUAGCUUCAGAUGCAGAGCCUGAUCUCCAUUAUCAAGGAUGCUAAAAAAUAUAUCUUAGUUAUUUCUGGUCCUAACUUCACCAAACUUGCAAGGAUGGUGCGUCUUACGAUACUGAUGCACCUGACAGGCAUGAAUGCUGAAUCUGAGCCAUAGGUUUCGGAUGCUGGAUGAGGUUAAGGUUUUAAGAGCUGGUUAAAGUUUUUAGAGCAGGUGCCCUCUGAUGAUUAUAUCUUAGUUAUUACUGGUCCUUACAUCACCAAACUUGCAGGGAUGAUGCAUCUCAUGAUACUGAUGCAUCUGACAGGCUUGAAUGCUGAAUCUGAGCCAUAGGUUUCGGAUGCUGGAUGAGGUUUAGUUUUUUGGAACAGGUUACAUGUUUUAUAGAUAAUAGCUUGCAUAAUUGAUUUAACUAUAAUAUAAAUGAAUUGCAGAGGUAGCUUCAGAUGCAGAGCCUGAUCUCCAUUAUCAAGGAUGCUAAAAAUUCUCCUACCUCACUCAAACCUGCUUGAUAGAUGUGUUUGUUGUUAAAUGAUUUAACAUGAUUCCUAUGAUAUAGUAUUCUAUGAUAUGAUACACUAUUGUUUUAUAUGAUACAAUGUAAUAUCAUACAUUAUAUUGUAAAAAGUUAUAUGAUAUGAUAUGAUAUUGUAUCAAUUUUUUUGUACAUUAUUAUAUGAUAUUGUAUUAUGAUAUUGUUAUGUAUAGUAUUGUAUAUUAUUAUACAAUAUUGUAGAAUAUGAUAUUGUAUAAUAUAUUAUUUUAUCGAAUGAUAUUGUUUCAUAUUAUAUUG